GGCCACUCGGCGCGGCGGGUCGGAACCUCCUCCGGGUCAGCCCGGGCCACUGCCCAGCUAGACCUGUGGCAGGCGGGGCGGGGAAGCGGCGGGCCCUGGAAGCGGCGGAGACUCGGCGCCCGCCGAGUCGGGCGGAGCAGCGGGCCCGGGGGUGCUGGCGGAGGCGCUGGCGGCGGCAUCGCCAUGAACCCCAGGGGCCUGUUCCAGGAUUUCAACCCGAGUAAGUUCCUCAUCUACGCUUGCCUGCUGCUCUUCUCUGUGCUGCUGCCCCUCCGCCUGGACGGCAUCAUACAGUGGAGCUACUGGGCCGUCUUCGCCCCCAUAUGGCUGUGGAAGCUGCUGGUCAUCGCCGGCGCCUCAGUGGGCGCGGGCGUUUGGGCCCGCAACCCUCGCUACCGCACCGAGGGGGAGGCCUGCGUGGAGUUCAAAGCCAUGUUGAUCGCCGUGGCCAUCCACCUGCUGCUGCUCAUGUUCGAAGUCCUGGUCUGCGACCGGGUGGAGAGGGGGACCCACUUCUGGCUGCUGGUCUUCAUGCCACUGUUCUUCGUAUCCCCAGUGUCCGUGGCCGCCUGCGUUUGGGGCUUCCGACACGACAGGUCGCUAGAGCUGGAGAUCCUGUGCUCAGUCAACAUCCUGCAGUUCAUCUUCAUCGCCCUGAGGCUGGACAGGAUUAUCCACUGGCCAUGGCUGGUGGUGUUCGUGCCCCUGUGGAUUCUCAUGUCGUUCCUCUGCCUAGUCGUCCUCUAUUACAUCGUCUGGUCCCUCCUGUUCCUGCGCUCCUUAGAUGUGGUCGCGGAACAGCGGAGGACCCAUGUGACCAUGGCUAUCAGCUGGAUAACGAUCGUCGUGCCCCUGCUCACUUUUGAGGUUCUGCUGGUUCACAGAUUAGAUGGCCACAAUACAUUCUCUCACAUCUCCAUAUUUGUCCCCCUUUGGCUUUCUCUAAUAACUUUAAUGGCCACGACAUUUAGGCGAAAAGGAGGCAACCAUUGGUGGUUUGGUAUUCGUAGAGAUUUCUGUCAGUUUCUGCUUGAAAUUUUCCCAUUUUUAAGAGAAUAUGGGAACAUUUCCUAUGAUCUACAUCAUGAAGACAGUGAAGAUGCUGAAGAAACAUCAGUCCCAGAUGCUCCUAAAAUUGCUCCAAUGUUUGGAAAGAAGGCCAGGGUAGUUAUAACCCAGAGUCCUGGGAAAUACGUUCCCCCGCCUCCCAAAUUAAAUAUCGAUAUGCCAGAUUAAACUCCUCUUCUGGAGAGCACCCAUCUGUGGGUCGGGAACCAUAUACACACGCAAAAUCCACCUUACUUUUGCCUCUUUGUUCAUCUGUCCCAAACUUGGAACUGAAAAUAGGCGCCAAACGCCAUCAUCUCAUGCCCGUUUGAGAUUGAUGCCCGUCAGUCAUUCAUCAGUAUGCAUGGUAGAUGUAGGAGGUCAUUUUAAUACAUGGCUCUGUGUGUGUGCGCAUGCGUGUGGGGUGUGUGUGUGUGUGUGUGUGUGUGUGGUGUAUACAUGAGAGAGAACUUGCAGUCCAGGCUAGUGCAUUAAAAGCUAGCUUCGGAGCAGUCAGUUGAAUAGUAGGUCCUCAAACGAAAUAAAUACACAGCUGGGUUGUUUUUGUUUUUUUUUUUUAAUGGUACUAUGCCUAUGGAAAGUAUCGUUUAAAAGUAUUUUUAUACACUGCUAGUGUAAAGUUGUAUUUCAGAUUGUACUUGUUGUGACAUAAUAGCAAAUGUAAAGAAUUCUCUUUCCCUCCACUUGUUCAUAAGCCUUAGAGUUGUUAUUUUUAGUGUUCCUCCUGUUAAAAUAGUUUUUCUUUGGGCUUUGCUGAUACUUGUCUUUAAUAUCAUAAAAAGUGAAUUUUUCUAAUGAAAUG